AUGGCAACACUCAAGGAUCUUGCAUCACCACAGUUGAACACUCAACCCUUGUGUAUUCAAUUGGACGAAGAAAUUGAGUUGAAACCAACUUUGCUCAACUCAUUGCCCAAGUUCCAUGGUUUAGCGGGGGAAGAUCCAAAUCGUCAUCUUCAAGAAUUUCACAUGGUACUUAUAAGUGUGAAACCAAAGGAAGUUGCAACCGAUAACGCUAUGCUUAGAGCAUUCCCAUUUUCUCUUGUGGAUAUGGCCAAGGAGUGGUUUUACAGUCUCCCAGCAGGUAGUAUUACUACAUGGUACGGUAUGAAGAAACUCUUUCUUGAGAAGUACUUUCCCGCAUCCAAGGUAGCAAAAAUCAGAAAAGAGAUAUGUGGCAUUGUUCAAAUGGCAGGUGAGAAUUUGUAUGAGUAUUGGGAGCAUUACAAGAGAUUGUGUCAAAGUUGUCCACAUCACCAAAUCACGGAGCAACUUAUCAUCCAAUACUUCUAUGAGGGACUCUUAUUAAAUGAUAGGACAAUGAUUGAUUCCGCAGGUGGUGGAGCUUUAGUUGACAAGACAUCCGCGCAAGCAAGAGCUUUGAUUGAGAAUAUGGCAUCAAAUUCUCAGCAGUUUUCUACCCGAGCAGAAACUCUUUUCAAGAACGUUAAUGAAGUUGGUGACAUUUCUCAUAUGGAGCAAAGGAUGAGUAAUAUGGAGAGGAUGAUGCAACAAAUUUCUGCAGUGAUUGUUCCGUCAUAUGAAGGAAAUAUGGAGCACGCAAAUGCUAUGUUCCAAAAUCAGCAAAUGCCGAGUUACGCCAACAAGCAAGAUGCAGCAAAUCCUACUUUCAAUCAACAAGAAACUCAAGGCACAAAAGUGGAUGAGAAAUUCACUCUUAUGAUGCAAGGGAUGCAAGUGAUUUCGAAGUCAGUGCAAGGGUUCAACCAAUUCCAGCAGAAAUAUGAGAUGGCUAUGAGAGAUGUGCAAAACCAAGUUAGUCAAUUGGCUAAUGAUAUAAAUCUACUCAAAGCACAAGGGUCUAGAAAGCUUCCUUAG